CCAGGCCCCUGAGCCUGGAGGACAGCAGCUGUCCCCAUGUCCAUAGCAAGCUUAUCAGGCUGGUACCAGCUCCUGGGUGAGUGGGUGUGACCUGUGCAGAGAGAGAGAUGACACAUCGGGAAGUACGUCAUCUUGUCAUCACUGUGACAUUACAAGAAUUGCAGCCAUGGCUCACCUCUUUAUAAACGUGAACCCGUGCACCUUUCAGUCCAGCCUCAGCCUGCUGCGAAGCCGGUCAGCCAUGCGGAUCCUGUACCUGCUGGGCGUGUUGCUCCUCUUGUUCCUGAUGCCCGUUCCAGGUCACAGCGGGAUCAUCAGCGCAGUACAGAGGUACUAUUGCAGAAUACGGGGUGGCCGGUGCGCCGUGCUGGGCUGCCUCCCCAAGGAGGAGCAGAUAGGCCGCUGCUCUCUCCGGGGUCGGAAAUGCUGCCGCAAAAAGAAAUAGGGAUCAGACGUGAGGAGAAUGUUGGGGCGAUCCCUCCUUCAAGUUUAUAAAGCUAAAACCAAAUUUAAAUUUUUUUUCAAAAAUUUAGAAGCUUGAUUUUUUUUUUUAAACACUCUGGUUUUGUGGAAGUUGAUACCAAGCAGGCAACUGAGAGAGGCUAAUGACACCUUCCAUUAAAUACAUCAGCUUCUGCACCGUGUUUGAUUUUCGUGGGUUUUGGAACUCGGCAACACUGGACUCUUUCUGGAACAUUCCUUUGCUCCCUCAUCCUCCAUACUCCUGGGCUUUACCGUCCUUCUUCCCAGGACUUCAUCUCUCUGAAGCCACCUCUAAAACCUUAAUGCAUCCCUCAGGCACCAAUCCAAAUCCUUCCAGAAAGUUUCUCCUCAGAGACGGGGACCCUGAGCCUCCUUUAGUAUACCCUUUGCUUUCCUGCUGCCCAGGCCUCUGAGCUGUUGGCCUCAGAACUGGCAUCAGCUCACUGCUCCCACCUGUCUCCAAACGCUAGCCGCCCGUGUCUGUCUCCUCCCACCUGCUGCACCCCGGGCUCUGACGUGAGUGCUGCCUCUGAAGGUGACUCAGUGUCUCCCCCUGUCCAUUUGCACACUGUGGGUUCCCACGCGGGUGGUAGGACUGUUGGUAAAGCGCCCUGAGCAUGGAGGCUGCUCGGCCAGCACUGGCUGGACCAACGUCCAUUCAUGAGCUUUGGAUCAUCCACUGUUUAAGGAUCCAGCAUCUGGAGUGAUGAUCUGUCCUCCCUGACCCCAGUCCCCCAGGCUAAGCACUAUGGUGGAACAGCAAGACUACUGGGCUCUCAGGGAUAGGGGAAUGAAGACCCCUGGAGCAGCCCACACCCCACCCACCAUCCAUCCAGGAAGCAUUGCUGAGUGCCCUCCAACAGUCCACAAGAAGGGGCCAGACAGAAGGUGAGGACAGGCACCAUCCAGUGGGGGACGUGACUGCAGGCAGAAGGAAGCAAGAGGAGCUUAUGACUGGCCGACCUGCUACUGGGCAGGGCCUGCAGGUGCCAGGAGGGGCCUCACCCUGCCCAGCAGUGCAGCCGGGUGGAGACUGAGGUCAUAACUAUGGGCACAAGACCCCUUCUGCAGGGCAGAACUUCCUCACAGGUGCUGUUGGGGAAGGGGGCUUCAGUCAGCCACAGGAAAGCAGAAACACCCAAGGUUUUAGAUGAAGUCCAGGCACACACAGGGCUGGAGGCACACACAGGACUGGAGGCACACAGGCUCCCACUAGCACCGGCCUCCAGUCUCCCCUGAGGGAUGCCAUCAGCUGCGUGGAGCUCUCCAGGGAGCCUCUGCAGCUGCUCUAACCCGGAGCUUCUAGAGAUGAAAAUAAACAUCUGAAUUAAAAUAUACUGAGCUGGACAAAUGGUGUGUGACGGUAAGGAUCAGUAAGCCAGCAUCUGUUUUAGCACCAACAAAUGAGAAAGUGAAGCAGAGUGAGAGUAAAAGGAGAGACUGGGAAAACCUUA